CGUCUGGCAGCACUGUACAACAUGGCCGCGCACUUGCGCUGUGCUCGUCUGCAAUGCUUCAAGCGGUCUGCAGUACGUUGGAACGUCUUUUACAAACAGUUAUUAGCGGCGAGCACAAACAGUGGUAGCAAAAUUCCCAGGGGUUCCAUCGAGAAAAUCUUAAUUGCCAACCGUGGUGAGAUUGCCUGUCGGGUCAUACGCUCUGCCAAGAAGUUGGGCAUCCGCUCGGUGGCAGUCUACAGCGAUGCCGACCGAAAGUCGAUGCACGUCACCAUGGCGGACGAGGCGUACCACAUUGGGCCGGCGGCGUCGCAGGAGAGCUACCUGCGCUACGACCGGAUCCUGGCGACCGCCAAGAGGUGCGGGGCCCAGGCCAUCCACCCGGGCUACGGCUUCCUCUCGGAGAACACAGAGUUUGCCGAGAUGUGCGCCCAGGAAGGCAUCAUCUUCGUGGGACCCCCUGCGUCGGCCAUCCGGGACAUGGGCAUCAAGAGCACAUCCAAGGCUAUCAUGUCAGCGGCCGGUGUGCCCGUCAUCGUGGGUUAUCACGGCGAGGAACAGUCCGAGGAGAAACUCAAGGAAGAAGCUCGCCGCAUUGGCUUUCCUGUCAUGGCCAAAGCCGUCCGAGGAGGAGGAGGAAAGGGAAUGAGGAUUGUGAUGAAUGAAGGAGAAUUUGACGCUCAACUGGAGUCAGCCAAGCGGGAGGCCAUGAAGUCGUUUGGAGAUGACAACAUGCUGAUCGAGAAGUUUGUCGCCAAUCCCAGGCACGUGGAGGUGCAGGUGUUUGGAGACCACCACGGCAACUAUGUGUACCUUUUCGAGAGGGACUGCAGUGUGCAGCGGAGGCAUCAGAAGGUCAUCGAAGAAGCCCCUGCCCCGGGGGUGACGGAGGAGACGCGUCGUCUGCUGGGGGAGGCUGCGGUGAAGGCGGCGCGGGCGGUGAACUACGUGGGUGCCGGCACGGUGGAGUUUAUCAUGGAUGUGGACCAGAAGUUCUACUUCAUGGAGAUGAACACGAGGCUGCAGGUGGAGCACCCCAUCACCGAGAUGAUCACUGGCACGGACCUGGUCGAAUGGCAGAUCAAGGUGGCCCAAGGGGAGCCGCUUCCCCUGAGCCAGGACCAGCUCCGGGUGCGGGGCCACUCCUUCGAGGCCCGCAUCUACGCGGAGGACCCGGACAACAACUUCAUGCCCGGCGCGGGCUCCCUCGACUACCUGCGCACGCCCCUUCCUUCCAGCGAGAUUCGCAUAGACACCGGGGUGCGAGAGGGAGACGAGGUGUCGGUGCACUAUGACCCGAUGAUCGCCAAGCUGGCGGUGUGGGGCCCCGACCGGGCCUCGGCCUUGCGCCGUCUUCACCAGUCGCUUUCGGACUACACUUUGGUGGGGCUGGCCAACAACAUCUCCUUCCUCAUGCGGCUGGCCUCCCACCCCAGCUUCAAGCUGGGCGACGUCCACACGGAGUUCAUUCCCCUACACCACGACGAGCUCUUCGUCCAGCGGGACAUCAAGGGGGACUUCCUUUGCGCGGCCGUGCUCUCCCUCAUCGGCCAUGAGAGGGCGGAGUUCCUCAGGAGCCAUGAACCAGAUGACUUGCAGUCCCUCGACCUCGUGAUACCAUUCCGAGUCAACUCCAACUGCAGACGGAAAUUCCUGCUCAGCUGCCGUGACAAGAAAUAUGAAUUGCUGGUGACGUACCUGGACUGCGGGUCGUACCGGGUCAAGUGCGGGGACGAGGUUCUGGAUGUCCACGGUCGCACGACCGUCAAGGAUGGCGUUGCCACCGUCGAGUGCGACGUGGGCGGGAGCAGCGUCAAGCUCCGCACAGUUCUCCACGAUGGAACGCUUCACGUCUUCGACAGGGAUGGCUUGGAGCAGCUUUCCAUCGCCAAGCCGGCGUACCUGAGUGCAGCUGACGAGGACUCUGGUCCCCUGGGGGCAGUGGCACCCAUGCCGGGGGUCAUAGAAAAGCUCUUUGUCAAGGAAGGGGAUGCCGUAAAGGAAGGAGACCCUGUCGUGGUCAUGAUUGCCAUGAAGAUGGAGUAUGUCAUCAAAGCACCCUCGACUGGAGUCAUAGAGAAGCUUCUUUAUAAGAUUGGCGACAAUGUGCCAAAGAAUGCUCAGCUGGUUAAGAUCAAGUCGGACGAAGCCGAAAGCAGCGGUGGUGAUGCGAAAUAGGCUUUGUUAGGAACUCCCUUGCCUAUCGAUCACAAACUGCGUGCCAUGAAAGGGAAAGAGGAAAUGGCCCACGUCGCUAGUCGCAGUCUGUGAAGAUACAAGGAGAGGGCCCCUCGUCACGUGCCCUCGAAACUUGCCAUAACCAAGCACUUUGGCGCAAUGCCCCCGGAACUGUGGUGCGUGCAGAGAAAAAGCAUUUAGGUGGUGGAAGCUGAAGCAUGCGUGAAGCUUAGUCGUCUUAAUUAGGCGUAUCACGCGUGCAACCUCAGAAACGUGAUUGUUUUGAUAUUUUUUACGAGAUUAGACACUUUAAACAGUGUGUGCCGUUACAGAGAAGUGCUCUUGAGUGCCUUUACGGUGUGUAGGUACGGUCAUGGACGAACAUAAGCUGAAGUGGCAGACAAUACCGGCACCGACGGUGUAAGCCGAGAAGACUGAGCGACGACCGAAAGAUGACGGCAAUCCCGCCCCAAGGUGAUAAGUUAAACUAGAUGAGAGAAAAUAAUGUGGAAAUGAGCAUGCAGCACUACUAGUAUCUGGUAUGGCUCGAUCCUGCAAACGACUGUAGCUAGCAUCAAUGUUACCUGCCCAGAUGUGUUUUCUUUUACAUGACAUCAAUCCGCCAUUUUGUUGUUAGAUGUCAGCAUGAUAAAACUUAUAAGCUUUUGUGCACCACCAAUUUGAGGGUGCGAUGUGAAUCUUCGGAGUACUCACUGACUGAUAAUAACAACAAAAUGGUGGAUGAAGUGACCUCGGUGAAAACGCUCUAUAGUUAAGCCAGUGCACGAGCAGGAGGUAGCAAAUAAUGUGGAGGAUUGAAGCAAAUGAAGUGCACCCCAGAACAUGGACUACUCUCAUCCACAUGCUGUUUUUCAAUUUAGUUAAACUUCUUGUCUCGGAAAGGCGCCACUAGUACCUCAAGGUUGUCGUUCGGUCAUUUCGGGUCACAUUGUCCACCUAUGUUGGCCUGCGUAAAAAACAACUUUCCUAGUGUUUGUCUCAGUCUCUGUCGAGAAAGUGUUCUUUGUUUCCUUUAUUUCUUUUAGACGGUGAUUCUCGCAAAAGUCAUUUUUUAGACAAGCAUUUCUAGCUUGCCUUGUGGCGGUACUAUUUGUGAGUUAGUGUUCAAUUCGAGUGAUUUUUACUCCCUGAGUUGUAUUGUUUUUUUACGUCUGCCAAGUUGGCAUCACUGCUAAGGCUAAAAAUAAAACAUUGGAUCAAGCGUUCA